AUGAUUAAGAAUUACGGAGACAGAUAUCAUCUUAUCGACAAAAAGGCUUUGGAAGAUAAGAAGCUAGAUAAGGACUAACUAGUAGAAUUUGUAAGAACAUCAGGGAUAAGUGACAUUGGAAAAAAUUACAAUAUUGUGUCAAUUAUAGGUAGUCAAAGUACAGGGAAAAGUACAUUGCUUAACUAGCUUUUUGGAACAAAAUUUGAUGUCUAGAAUAGGUAAUAAAGCGUUGGUUAAACAACUGUUGGUAUUUGGCUCUCCAAAGAUGUCUAAAAUAAUGUUGUAGUAUUGGAUGUGGAAGGAUCCGAUUCUGUUGAGCGAAAAUCAGGAGAAAAUAUGGUUGAAAAUCAAACGGCUUUAAUGGCAUUGGCGAUGUCACAUUGCUUUAUUAUCAACGUUUUUCUUAAUGCUUUAGGUUAACAUACAAGUUGCUAAUUAUCCAUAAUCAAGAUCAUUAUGCAAUAGAAUUUGAAACUAUUUCAAUAAGACACAGUCAAGCACAUUAUUUUUGUUGUAAGAGAUUGGGAUGAAGAUGCAAAUUAUGAGGAGGCGUCUCGUAGAUUGAAUGGUUAUUUGUUGAAUAUAUGGAAUGAGAUUCCCAAACCUGAUCACUAUAAGGAGACAGAUUUCCAUUAAUUAUUUAGUGUUUAAGUGGUUACACUAGUUUAUUACAAAAUGAAAAAAGAGUUUAUUGAAUAAACAAAUGAUCUUCAUGCAAAAUUAUCCAAUUAGCAAGAUCCCAAUUUCAUUUUUAAAGAUUUUGAUUAUGAGAAAAAUGUGAGAUGGUCAGACAUGCCACAAUAUUUAUCCAAUAUUUGGGAGGUCAUUUCAAAUAAUAAGGAUUUGAAUUUACCAAAUGAGAAGAUUCUGAUUUCUAAUAUGAGAUGUUAAUAAAUCAAAUUGGAAGCAUUGGAUGGAGUGAAAUAAUUAAAUGAAGAUUUGUAAAAUAGAGUAAGAACAAAAUUAGUUGAUAAUUUUGCUCAAGAAUGCUAAACCAUUAUGAAUCUAGCUUUUAAACUUUAUGACAAGGAUGCUAGAGAUUAUCACAUUGAAGUGUACAAAGAGAAAGAGAAAGAGUUGAAAGAUGAACUGGUUAAUAGAUUCUAUACUUAUUUCUAAAAAUAGACCGAAUAACUCAAGCAACACUAUAUGAAUACGUUAACAGAGAAUUUGGAGACAUUGAAGAGAGAAAGUAUCUACAAUUUACCUGAUAAAUUAAACGAAUUGGAUCUGUUCAAAUUGCAAUUUGAAGAACAAUUAGCAAAAUCCGUAAUUCAAAAGGGAUUAUGGUAAGAGGAAGACCAUAUUAGAUAUUUUAGAUAAUAAUUUGAUAAUCAAUUGAAGGCAUUUGUAGAAGCCCAAUUAGCAACUUUUAAAUAAUAAUUGGAUAAUAUAAUCAAAUCUGAAUGUGACAAAAUAGUAAGUUCUUAGGUUCUUAACAUCUCAAGCAAAUUUUGGUAACAAAUAGAAUCUGACUAUUAUGCUAUGAUAUCUGAGAAAUAUUAAAAAUACGAGGUGUUGUUAACAGGAUUGAGAGUUCAAUAGAAAUAGAUUGAAGAUUAUUUGAAUAAGUUUGAAGAAGAUAGUUUCCAUAAUCUCAAAUAAGUAAUCGCUGUUGCCAGUGGCAGAUUUAAAGAUUAAUUAUUCUAACAAUUCAAAGCUUAAUUCGUAAGAGCUCCUGAUGGACAACCAAGAAACUGGUAAAAAUUAACAGAAGAGGAAAUCUUCCAUUGCUAUACAGAUGCCAGAGAUAAGGUGUUCUAAUUAUUAGAUUCGUUGAGAAUCAGAAAAAUUAAGUUCAUAAGACAACAAGUAGUAUUAAAGAAAAAAGCCCAAACUCUCAUUAUUUCUUCGAGUCAGAAAGUGUAAUAUCAAAUUUCCUCAGAUGCCGAUUCCGAUGACGUUGUUCUUAACGAUGUCUUUUAUACAUAAGUCAAAAUGCAAUUGGCAGAAGAUAUCGAUGUCUAAUAUCAAGAUGCCAUUCAAAAACAUAAAUAAGAUUUCCUGUAAAACAUUCCAAAACCAUUUUGGUUCUUGUUGUUAUUCUUUAUGUACGAUGAUGUAUUAAGAUGGAUGGGCAAUCCAUUAUUCCUAUAUCCAAUUUUGAUAAUCCUAUGCUUUGUAGGAUUUUGCAUCGCCAUAGGUCUCCAUAGUUUACCUAAAUUGGCAUUUUAAUGGGUCUUUAGAACAUUGAAUCAAGCUGUUAUUCCAAUAAUAUUUGGAGGGAUUUCAAAAUUAAAGGGAAGUUGA